AUGACUUUGGGGUCGUUUUUGGGGCCGUCUCCCCUCCUUCCUCUCCACCUUUAUGACCCUGGGGUCGUUUUGGGGGCCAUCUCAAUGCCUUUGCAUCCAUUCCAAUGACUUUGGGGUCAUCUCAGUGCCUUUGGGAUCAUCUCAAUGGCUUUGGGGUUGAUCUUGGUGUCAUCUCAGUGGCUUUGGGGUCAUUUCAGUUCCUUUGGGGUCAUUUUUGGGGCCGUCUCCCCUCCCUUCUCUCCGUCUUUAUGACCCUGGGGUCGUUUUUGGGGCCCACGUCGCAGCUGGACGAGUUCUACGUGGGUCAGAUCCCCCUGAAAGAAGUGACCUUCGCCCGCCUCAACGACAACGUCCGCGAGCCCUUUUUAGCCGAAAUGUGCCGCAAAUACGGCGAGGUGGAAGAGGUGGAGAUCCUCCAUCACCCCAAAACCCGGAAACACCUCGGCUUGGCCCGCGUCCUCUUCACCAGCACCCGCGGCGCCAAGGAAACGGUGAAGCACCUCCACAACACGCCGGUGAUGGGCAACGUCAUCCACGUCCAGCUGGAUAUCAAAGGGCAGCAGAGGAUGAAGUAUUACGAGCUGAUCGUCAACGGCGCCUACACGCCCCAAACCGUGCCCACCGGGGGCAAGGCAGCGGGGGACAAGGCCGAGGCG